GUCUGCCUCACAAACGCAACCUUUCCAAUUUUCCUUUGCCAAUUCCACUCUCACAAUGCAUGACCCACCGCCAACAAAAGGUACAAUCCUGAUCUCAGGGGAGGGUACCAAUCUUCAAGCCCUCAUCGACGCGACCAGCUCGACGCUUCCAUACCUCAAAAUUGUGAGAGUUAUAUCGAACAAGAAGGAAGCUAAGGGAUUGAUACGAGCUAAGUCUGCUUCAAUACCGACAAAAUACCAUAACUUGGUGUCUGGGAAUUACUUUGCCAAGGGGGAAGCCGACCAAGCGGUAAAGCAAGCAGCACGGGAGAAGUACGAUGCAGACCUUGCGGACAUAGUACUGGCAGAUGAGCCCGACAUCGUAAUCUGUGCAGGAUGGAUGCAUGUCUUGUCACCGAAAUUUUUGGAUCCAUUGGUAGCGAAGAAAGUACCUGUCAUCAAUCUCCAUCCCGCGCUUCCAGGCAAAUACGAUGGCAUUGAUGCCAUAAAACGGGCUUACGACGAUUAUCACAAAGGGAAACUGGAGCAUGAUAGAACAGGUAUCAUGAUCCACUACGUUGUCCCAGAGGUGGAUCGUGGUGAGCCUAUUGUGGUCAGGGAGAUACAAUGCAAAACUCCCGAGACUUUGGAAGAAUUGAAGGACAGAGUACAUGCCGAAGAGCACCAACUCAUACUUGAGGGGACCGCCAUGGCAAUUCACAACCUAUGGGAGGAGAGAUCAAAGAGUGGAUAACUAUGGUAAACUUUCCAAAUGGUUCCUUGCAAGCCUUCCAUUUUCGCUAUUCUAACAUAUACUCUGAAGUGCAUGAUAUUACAAGAGAUUACUGAGGUGGAGCAGCUGGCAACUCCUUAUUCGAAGAUUCCCGUCUCGUGAUCCCGGGAUUGAAUU